GAUAAUGGGUUUGUUUACUACACAAAUAUAAGCAUGGGUACUCCACCUCAAGAGUUGAGCUUAAGAAUAGAUAUAGCUCAACCAUACGUAUGGACCAGGUCAAGACAGAGCUUGCCUGUGUGUGCAAAUGGUCAAACGCCUAAUAAUACGUUUGAAUGUGAUUCGGGUAUUGGUGCUUUUAAUCAAAGUGCUUCAUCGAGUUAUUAUGAUGAAAAUAAUUGGCAAAGAUUGAUCUUUUUGGAUUAUGUUUGGGUUAAUGGUACAAUGUCUCAAGAUACUUUAGCAUUUGAUCAAGCUUUUAAUGUUGAUAUCAAUGGAUCAGAAACUAGAAAUUUAACUGUAAAUGAAAUUAAUUUCAUAAAUGCAAAUGAUUCAAGAGUGCCUAUGGGUGGAUUAGGUCUUUCUUCAAAAUUUGAUGAUUCUAAUAAUGAUUAUAAUACAAACUUCUUGGAUAUCUUGAAAGAUCAACAUGUUAUAAAUUCUUCAAGUUUUUCAUUAUAUCAUAAAGAUGAUUCAAGUGCAGAUUUAAUGCUUGGUGGUGUUAAUCAAGAUUAUUACGUGGGAGAUUUCGUUGUGUUUGAUAAACAACCUUAUUGGGAUAAUCGUGAAAACAAACUAGUCAAUGAUUAUCCAAUCUUGCCAUUAUCUUCAUUAAUGGUUAGUAAUGCUCGUGGUCAAACUGCUUAUAUUUCAACUUCAAAUAAUACUGAACCGGUAUUGAUAGAUACAAGAUCUUCUUAUAAUUAUUUACCAUACUCCAUGGUUGUUGCAUUAGCUGUUCAAUUAAAUGCCUUUUAUUCAAAUGAUAUUGAUGUUUGGUUAUUAAAAUGUUCAAUAACAAACUUAAAUGCAACUAUUGGGUUCCAAUUUGGUAACGUUACAGUUAAUGUCCCAAUUGAUGAAAUGAUUAAUCCAGCAUACACAAGUUCAGGUAAUGAAACCUUAGUAUUUGAUGAUGGUGAAGAAGCUUGCUUAUUAUUAGUCACUCCAAAUUAUUAUUUUGGUUAUUCUGUUCUUGGGUCCCCUUUUUUCAAAUCUGCUUAUAUUGCAGUAGAUAAUGAAGCAAAUAAAAUUGCAAUUGCUCAAGCUGCAAAAGGUAAUCAUACAAGAGAACAAUCAUCCACAACAACAGAUUUUGCCGCAUCUGCAAUCUCUUCAGGUCAUAUCCCAUUUGCAUCACCAAACAAUAUAACUCAACUCUAUACAAUGAGAUUUGAUCAAUCCUCUAUAAAAUCUUCAGCUCAACCUGAUAUGGUUACUGUUAGUAUCACUAAUGGUGAGGUCUUUACAGGGAGAGUUCAACCUUCAAAUAGUUCAAGUAUGAGUUCUUCAGCUAGUGGUGGAGGUGUUCAAUUAAACAAUCAUUAUAAUAAUGGUAAUUCAGUAUUAGGUUAUGUUUUCAGUUUUAUUACUGUUGUUGGUUUAGGAAUUUUGUUAUGAAGUGUUUUUUCGUUCCCUGUUGUUUAAAAA